AUUUUGACGUUAGGAAUUAUUGUGCAUUCGUAACUUUAAUCGAAAAAACGCCGAAAAAUGGCGAAAAGAAUAUCACAAAGUGCCGUAAACUGGGCUGCUCUCGCUGAGAGAGUUCCCGCCGAACAAAAGGCGCACCUUGCUGCUUUCAAAAUAAAAUCCGAUAAUUAUCUCCGAAGGGUACUAGCCAAUCCACCUGAACCGCCCAAGAUUAACUGGGCUGUGUACAAACAGGCUGUACCUAUUCCUGGAAUGGUAGACACAUUCCAGAAGCAAUAUGAAGCUCUAAAAAUUCCAUACCCAGCUGACACUCAGACGGCACUUGUAGAAUCGCAGUGGAAUCAAGUCAAGAAUGCCAUCGACGCGUUUAUCCAAGAGUCCAAUGCCAACAUUGCAUCCUACCAAAAAGAAAUCAAUGCAACCAAGGCCCUACUGCCGUAUGACCAGAUGACCAUGGAAGACUUCUAUGAUGCCCAUCCUGACCUGGCCCUUGAUCCCAUCAAGAAGCCAACCUUCUGGCCACACACUCCGGAAGAGCAGCUCGACUAUGUCGACCCAGAGAAACAAGCUCAGCCUACUACAGCUGCAGCUGCACACUAAUAUUGUAAAAGUGUUGCUGGCUAUAUAUUAGUGAUAGCCAUCAGACAUGUUAUAUCAUUUGAAAACUUAUUUAUGUAGGCAAUAAAAGAUAAUGCUACAUCUGUCAAUUUAAUUUUUCCAUUUUAUAUCAGACCAGUGUAUUCCUGCUCUAAAAUUACUGUCCAUAAAAUUACCUGUAAAUUUUUUUUCUUUAGAUGAGUAACGAACCUCAUGACCUAACAUUAUUUUGGCCACAUGCUCAUUUACUGGGUCUACUGCCUUUUAUGAACUUUUCCACCAUAUUACCAGAGCCUACAAGAUAUCAAGAUAUCAACUGUACAAUGUGUACCUACUCUUAGUGCAACUGCUCUACUCUAUCCUCUUAGUGAAACGAU